UCCAUCGGUCGCGCUCAAGCUCCAGACAGAACAGAAGAAGUGAGCGAGUCGCGAGGCAGAGGACUCAACGGUGUUCCGAACAGUAACAUACCUGUGCACUCUCCGGGCUUUACUAGCAGUCGGAGCGGACUGAGACUGCGAUCUGACGAACCGCAACACACCGCCUCCGGUUCGCUUCGCAAAGUGAAAGAGAUUUUAUGCGAAAGUUUCCAGGAUUUGUGUAACCUCCCGCGGACGAGAGCGGAAUGAGCGACUUUACGAUGAUAAACUGUUGCCUGAUCCUGAGCGCGUGUCUUCUGUCCAGCCAAGCAGUCUGGAGUCAGCGCGUUCGAGUGGAACCAGAAGUCACUGCGUAUCCUAAUGGAUCUGUCAAUCUGCGCUGUCAGUUCAUCGACAGUGGAACCACCAAACUCACACAGGUUUCGUGGAUGUUUGAGCGUGUGGAGGGUGAUAGGCACAACAUUGCUGUGUACCACCCUAUGUAUGGAGCCAGUUUCCCUAAUAAAGACUUUGAGGGCCGAGUAUCGUUCACUCAGGGCUCCCUGGAGAACCCCUCCAUUAAGAUCAGCAAACUGAAGAUGGCUGAUGCUGGCAAGUACAUCUGCGAGUACGCCACUUACCCCAGUGGAAACGAGCAGGGGACUACCUCUCUUAUCAUGCUGGCCAGACCCAAAAACUCUGCCACCGCUGUCCCGGUGCAGGCCGGCUCUUCUGAGGUGGUCGUGGCCAGAUGUGAAGCUGCCCAAGGAAAACCAGAGGCCACAAUCUCCUGGAGCACAGGCGUUGCUGGCCGCUAUAAUGACACUGCAGUGCCCGAGAGCGACGGGACGGUCACCGUGAAGAGCGAGUAUCGGAUGAUCCCGACCCCGGCUGAAAACGGGAAAGAAAUCACCUGCGUGGUGAACCAGAGGACGCAGAACGAACCCAAUUCCUUCCCACUGAAGCUGGUGGUGCAGUAUCCACCCACUGUGACAAUAGAAGGCUACGACAGUAACUGGUAUAUGGGUCGGACUGAUGUGGUUUUGACCUGCCAAGCUGAUGCCAAUCCAGCACCCACCGAAGUUACCUGGAGAGCGGCAUCGGGUCAGUUGCCGCCUUCGGUACAAGUGGAUCAAAACCGGCUGCUGGUGAGGAAGGUGGACGAAACGGUGAACACCACUUUUGUGUGUGAGGUGAAGAACAGUCUGGGAUCUGGCAAGAAAGAGCUGGUCGUCAUGGUCAUCGAGUCGACUGAAGACCCAUCCAGCGCUGGCAUGGUGGCCGGAGCCAUUCUGGGAAGCUUCUUGGCGCUCGUUUUGGUCAGUGCGUUGGUCGCCUUUUUAGUGAUGCGAAGUCGCCGCCAUCAGCACGGAUAUUCAGGCGACGGCGAACAGGGAGCUUAUGGCAACAAAACCCGUCUUUUUGGAGGCAAGAAGGCUAGCAAGAACGGUGCAGGAUCUAACAACAAUGGGCCGAUCUACACGUACCGCGAAAGCGAGCCAGGCGCCCUGACAGAGAAAUGCAACGAGUUCCCGCGCAUGACUGGAAGCACGCCGACCGCCCAUGACAUCCUGCUGAGCGGCGAGUUGAACGAGGCUGAGCGCAGGAAGUUUGACGCUCUCAAUGACAGCCUAGAUGAUGAAGAAGAGGACGAAAGGUACGACCGUUUCAGCGGGCUGUCGCCCAGCUACCAAAUCCACCGGCACAAAGACGAGUGCACACUUUAUCUGGACGACGACAUGGAGUCCCAGCGAGACGGGUCCAUCAUCUCCCGGACUGCCAUUUACGUCUAAAGGAAACAGAUAAUACACCUGACUGAUAUUCACUUGACCUUUUAAAACAAAAAGACAGAAACUUGCCAUCUGAGGAGUGGAAGCAGAAAAGUUAAUGUCACAUCUGUAGACGAAAGCACUCAUUAUCAAACCGAAAACACAAAUUAAUGCUACUCCCCUCAUGAUGUGUACUUUUAACUCAUAAUACUGACUGAAAAUAAGAGUGAUUUUUUUUUGUUGUGUAACUGUUGUUGUGUAACUUGGUGUUAAUGCCCAUUCUAGCCAGAAUCCAUCUUUCGUGGUUGAUUCACUCCCAUGAGCACUAAAUCAAGUUGGCUCUUUGAAGUGAAAAGAAAGCCCAGUGAUUAAGCAUGGAGGAUUGUCAAUGCUACGUCACACGAGAAGCGCAGCAAGCUGUGACCUGGAAGCCAAGGCCGCUCUCUCCAGGUUGAAUACAGCAGGCUUCUUUUAUCAAAGCCCGGGAAUGUCGUCUUCGAGAACAGCUGGAUGUUUUGUUUGGCGAAACAGAGAACGUCAAUGCAGUGCUCGCUCCAGCAUCUGGGUCAUUCAUCUGUGCCACCGAUCAACUCCAGCUGUGAACGAUUUUAACUUUCCCCUACUAUUUUUUUUAGCUCAUGUUUAUUAAUUGGAUGUCUUGUUACGCUAAAGGAAUUUUCUGAAUGACUCGAGGGGUUCUAGGCAGAGGCGUAAUAGUGUUUUUGUUUGUUUCCUCCGUUCUCUCUCUGUCAACCUCUGCAGAACGGUUUGUUCCGGGCCAUGUUUAAUUCAGAAGAGUGUUGUGCAUUUUUGGCUGAUGCAUGUUUUUUCCCAACCCCUGAUUAAUCCAGUUAUAUCAAAACCAUGUGACGCAACAUCUAAAAACUGCAGACAGGAGCUCGACUAGCUACAGCGCACGAAUCCUUCCAGGAGUAAACAGGCUUGGAGUCAAUACUGCAUCUUCACUAAAACUGAUUAAGUAGAUUAAUGCACAUCGCAGAUUGGCAGCAAAGGCUGGGCCUUGAGAGAAACGCAACUGAUGUGCCUUUGAGUGUGGGAUUAUGUUGACGGCGGAGCGCUCGAUGGACCCCAGCGGGGAGCGGUAAACCAGGCGGCAUAUGUUGCCCGGUUCAGCGGAGUCCACAGUGUUGAAAAGCUGCCAGCUGUGAAAAAAGGUCAAGGGGCGAAGCGCUCUCACCGUAUGUUCGGAAGUGAUAUUAGGCCACUCGCUUUACAGAGUCUCUCUAGAGCCGGCCAGAGGUUUGAUUUGAAGCCUUGCACACAAGCCAACCUUUUCUUUUUUUGGACUACAAAAAAGACAUUUCAGAUAACUAUGAGUGUGUAACAAUGUGCAUCCAGAUGUGGAUUCAUUAGUCUCUGGGUUGUUGGCGGGCACGUGCUUUGCAUAAUAUGCCGAUUGUACGGAUGCUUCGGCAGUGCUUUGAAUUACUUGAGCCGUGACUCAUUCAUCCUUGGUUUCACAACAUCGAGCCUUCGGUGGAGGGAAGUUAGAGCGGUAAUGACACCGGAUCAACACGUUCACCGAUGCGACGCUACCCAGACAGAACUCCAUAUCCAGCAAAGCAGAUAUAGCAUGAGUAAUUUGGAGAUUAUACUAUCUGGACCCAGUGACUGUAAAGGCGGUUGUUACUCUAGCCUACAGUGUUCACCCACGCUGCAGACUUGCAAGGCUGUUAAUUUUUAUCCCCCCUCCCUAAAGCUCUUACAAGUUGCAUCACUGCACUGAAAAAUAAGUGAUGGCGAAGCUACUUUUCUGAGAGCUGCUCAGGCCUUGAAAUAUUCAAGCUGAUAAUAAUGACAAAAAUGAAGAAGUGGAGAGAGAAAAUGGGAAGCUUAUUGCGCUAGUGAAUAUUGUGUUGUUAGCAGUAGCAAAUGUAUUAACUUCACCUGUUUAGUAUGAAUUUGGAGUCAAAUGGCUUUCAAAUGCUGUUCGAGACUUGAGAAUACUGAAAGAGCAAUGUUGCCAAAUCAAGUUUUCACAACUUUCAGUAUUAGUGUUUUAAUAGAAUCUUUUAUUGAACUUCUCUGAAUGUUAUUAUGGAAUAUUAGCGUUGAGGGUUACAUAGCGAUGCCAUGUUCUCAUUCACACAAUCCCAAGGCUGCAUAAAGAUUAAUUACUGAAAUAAUUGGGCAAAACCCACAAGGAAUAUGUCUGGGUCACAUUUUACUGCAGAAUCACAGGAACUUUAUUUUGCAUAAAGAAUCUUAUGUUUUAUUGUGAAUUAUGGUGAUUUAAAUGUUAAGAAGCAAUUAGAGUACAAUAAAGCAUCUGUUUAAUAAAGCCACAAUCCAAAACAGGCCCCAUUUACAGUACUUUAUGUAACGUACUUUAGCAGAUAUUUAGUUUUGAGUGAAAUAUGACCUGGACUUCGCCUGCCAAUAUUUGGAGGUGAAAGAUACCAUCUAUCCACAUGUUCUCAAUAUUAUAAAACAAAUACUCAUGUUUUGAUAAGUUGAUGUAAGUGCCUUCUGGGAUGUGUAUUCAUGCGAUGUUGAAAUAUUGUAAAUUAAUGCCAGACUUAAAGACCGCAAUCAAUCAACACUUUUAAGAAAAGAAGAAAAACAAGACCGCCUGAGCAGCGGCAAAUUGUCCCCACGUGAUGCUUCUUAAUUGCUGCGCAUUAUGUCGCAAGUUAUUAUUAACUCAUCAGCUGUGGAGCUGAUUAUUCAUUCACUCUGAAUGUUGUGUUGUGUUGUCAGGUUGUGACACUGUGUAUGAAAAACCCUCGGACAGAUCGCCUCUGCCUGACGUCUUUUGUGUAAAAACUGCAUCAGGUACAUAUCACAUCACGUAACUGCUGUAUUACAAAUAAUCUUUGUCAAAACUUGUGAGAACAGAUUAUACGCUCUCUUUGUUUUGUUUAGUUUGUUAUAUACUAUGGAUGGAAACCUUUACUAUCUUGUGAGGUGUUGAUGGUGUGUAUCUUGACGUGAUGUGUCCGGUGUGUGAGAUAUAUAUAUACUGUAUAUGUAUGUAUUUAUCAUCAAGAAAUCCAGUGAGAUAAAAGUUAUCUAUAUCUAUCUAUAUAUUAAUCGGUUCUGUAGAUAACAGAUGCAGUGGUCAGUUCUGGCCAAGGUUAAAUAUGAAGCAGAUGUCGUAUACAGUAAUAGCCCAGAGUAGACAUGAGAAUAACCUCAGCUGCCUUGAGCUGGUGAUUUAGACGGACGGGAAUCCUGUGCAUUCAGCAGAUGUAGCUUCCCAGACGCACACUAGUUAGUAACUGGCACACGGCCUGUGAUGAAAGUACAGUACACAUUGACGUCCGCACAAACUUUUUACACUGACAAAUUUAGCUCUCUCAACCCUCAACAACAUAAUGCACACUCUCAGCCCUCGACAUGAUGAGUUGUCAACACUAAAUAAACACACACACACACACACACACACACACACACACACACACACACUGUAGUGGGUGAAUCUCGUGCUCUUAUCCUGGUCAUAUGAUGCCCGUGACAAAAAGAAGAGAAAUAAGAAAGUACUUUUUGA